AUGACAGGAAAGAAGAAUGGCGUGGCAGCUAAACUUCGCUCAGAUAACAAGCCUCUUAUAAAUGUUCACUGCAUUGCCCAUCGAUUAGCUUUGGCUUGUGGCGAUGCAAACAAUUCUGUUUCAUACAUACUAACAAUGGAGAAAAUUCUCAUACAACUUUGGUCCCUUUUCAAAAACUCGCCGAAAAAAGCUGCAAAAUAUGCAAAGGCUGUAAUGAAUGCAAGUGAACUUGGAGUCACUAAUGCUAUGACCAGACGUGGAAAGAAGAAACUAAGUAAGCGUUUUCACAAAGCCUGCAAGACCCGUUGGCUGUCCACCGAAAGAGCUAUAGAGGGGGUCUAUAACGAUUUCGCAGCAUUGACACAAACUCUUCGACAGUUAAAGGAGGAGAAUGACUCGGCAGCAAUUGGUCUUCUGAAACAAGUAGGAAAUGUCAAAUUCCUAGGUGCUGUAUAUUUGCUCAACGAAGCAAUCCCAAUUCUUGCCCAUCUCAGCAGAGCCUUUCAAAAAGGAGCUGUUUCGUUUGCAGCCAUUGAUCCUGCCAUUAAGUUUACUUUGGAUGAACUUGAAGCAAUUGCUGAUGAGGAGAAACCACUGACGAAUUUGAAGAAAGAUCUUUCAGAGGGUGGCAGACUUUCCCAAUGUGAUAUGCGACCACUUGUAGCUUCGGAUGAGAAGCAGCUCACAACUUUGACGAAGGCUUAUGUUGCAGCUUUAAGGGAUAACAUUAACAAUAGAUUUGAUGGAAGCAUCCCAGUCUUAACAGCCUUCAGAAUCUUCAAUCCUUUAGCUGUCCCAAACAGGUCGGAGCCAGUAUUUAAAGAGUAUGGUAUGAAGGAUAUUGUUAUUUUGGCAGAUCAUUUCUACCAAGAAAUGGAGGUCAAAGUCAAAGAUGAAAAAAAAGAAGAGCUAAUAUGCGAGUGGAGAAAGUUCAAAUAUAAUCUUCUGUCCAUCAAGGAUGAUAUCCCAGCCGAGAUACUGACGCCACCAGUGAAGAGGAAUCUGAUUGCCUAA